AGAGAGAGAGAGAGAGAGAGAGAGAGAGGAAGUGAGUCACAAGAACUACGACAUAAAACCGAACCCAAUUCAAUUCUCCUUUUAUCAGACCAAACACAAAAGGAGAGAGAGAGAGAAUAAUAAUGGGAGACGUACGGAGGAUCGUGGUGGUUGUAGAAGAUAAAGAAGCGGCGAGGACGGCGUUGCAAUGGGCACUCCAUAACCUCUUCCGUCAAGGUGACAUCAUAGUCCUCCUCCACGUAAUCUCUCCUCCGCCGCGCAAGAAGAAAUCGACAGCGGUGCGUCUCCUCCGACGCCACGGAUACCAUCUCGCCCUCUCUUUCCGUGAAAUCUGCGACGCUUUCUUCAACACGAAUACGGAGAUAAUAGUGAGAGAAGGCGACGAAGAUGGAAGAACCAUCGCUGAAGUGGUGAAAGAGCUUGGUGCUUCGAUGAUUCUCGUUGGUCUCCAUCAAAACAGCUUUCUUUACAGAUGGGCAAUGAGUGGGAUUGAUGUAACUAGAAACUUGGGCUGCAAAGUGAUGGCUAUAAAGCAGCCUUCGUCGGAAGAGUCGCCGCCGGGAAAAGUGAAGGGACGACGCAUGACCUCACAUACGACGGCGACAUCAGAUAGUUUAACUAACUUUGACUUUUCCCAAAUCGAAAUUUCUGGAUUACAGGUUCCUGAGAUUCGGACACCUAAAGUGCCAUACAGAUUAUGUCCGAGUCCUCGUGCGAUACUUUGGAGGACAAGACCACGGAGAUCUAAAGCUCGAUACGCUGUAGUUUCAUAGAAUGAUUUAUUCCAAACAAUAGGAAAGAAACAAAACUCUACCCUCAAUUUUUGUGUCAAAGAAACAAACAAAUUUUACUCCAUACCAAAAAAUUAUUGUUUUUAA